CAUGUAGGAAAUAAAUUCAGAAAAAAUCAUCAAAUUCUUGUAAUUAUUUACAUGCACUUACUGUAUGGAGCUCAAGAUGGCUUUAAAGAUCUUAAAAGAAUUCUUACCGUUGCAUAAAUGUCGGAGAAUUACUACAAUUUUUGUAAAACUAUGGAGUUUAAUUGUGUACAUACUCAAACGAAAUAUGAGAGCGGUUAUUGAGCAUCAAACAAUACGAUAUUCAACAUUUGAAUUAUCACCUUUAUCACAGCAGAGACUUCGUGUUGUACGGAGAAAAACAUUUGUCUUGGAUUUAGAUGAAACAUUGAUUCAUUCCCAACGAGAUGGAACUGGUAGAAAAUCAUUGUGUCCCAAUAUGCCAGCUGACUUUGUUCUUCGAGUUACAGUUGAGCAUCAAACAGUUCGAUUUCUUGUUCAUAAGCGUCCUCAUCUUGAUUUUUUCUUAAAAUUGGUUUGUCAGUGGUUUGAUUUAGUUGUAUUCACAGCAAGCCUAGAGAGAUAUGGUACGGCUGUCACUGAUAAAAUUGACGGUAAUAGGAAAUUUUUUAGCCAAAGAUAUUUUAGACAUCAUUGCACAUUACAUUUUGGAACUUACAUCAAAGACUUGUCAAUAAUUAGUGAGGAUUUAUCCAGUAUUUUUAUUUUGGAUAACUCCCCUGGAGCGUACAUGAAUAACAAAGAUAAUGCCAUUCCAAUAAAAUCAUGGUUCGCUGACCCAUCUGAUAAAGCUCUUUUGAAUAUACUACCAAUGUUAGAUGCUCUCAGGUUCACUGCCGAUGUGAGAUCCAUACUCAGUCGUAAUGUACAUAAUCAUUCCACAUGGUAAUGGCAUGUCGUCAUUGAUUUUGUCGUGCACAAUGACGUAAUUAGUGGACAGCUGUAGAAAGUCCAAAUGAACGUUCACAAUGAUUCACAGCAGAUGUGUGCUAACACGUGAAACAGCUGUUCACAUUAAAUUGUCCUUGCUGCAGGCUCAGCGAAGAUAUUAACGUUUAGUGUGGCGUACAGACCAGGUUUGUGAUUCAAAUGUCAUUUCGUUACCAUUGCAGGAAUACGUAGAAUGAAGUGAAGCAAUAAUUAACUUCUAAAUAAUACACACCUGCUAUGAACAUGAGGAUGUUUAACAUUCAGUAUAAUUUAUAUGUUUUUACCAUUCACACCAUGUACACAUCCAAAUCUUAAGUGUCUCCUUAAUUACUUUAAUAAUUUGAUUCUAGUCUAGUCACCACUAUUCUAGCUUUUUAUUAAAGUCGCGAUUUUGAUA